AUGACGAAUCCGGAUUCGCAAACGGUAGAACUAGACCGCGAAUUUCUUGACAUAAUCACGGUCCAAGGCCGCGAGUACCAGAAAUACUCGAUCGACCAUCGCACAUAUUUCGGACCGGUGGAUGAGGAGGAGGCACAACGAUUGGAUGAGCAGCAACGAGUUUUCCAGAGGAUUUUCGACGACCGCCUCAUCUUUCCACCCAUCCGACGUCUUCGAAGAGUGCUCGACUGCGGCCACGGUGCGGCAUCAUGGGCCAUAGAGGUUGCCGAACAGCACCCGGAAUGUGAUGUUAUUGGAGUAGAUAUUGCCCCGCAAAUGAGCCCAGAUGAUGUGCCUGAAAACUUGUGGCUUCAGGUUGAUGACUUGAAUCGAACAUUCACAUUCCCCUCAGACCAUUUCGACCUCGUCCACUCUAGACUCCUCGCGACCGGCAUUAACCGUGCUCGAUGGCCAUCCUAUAUCCGCGACAUCGUUAGGGUGCUGAGACCUGGAGGAUGGGUCCAAAUGACCGAAAUCUAUUUCAAUGUGCAAUCUGACAACGGCUCGAUCACCGACGAGCACGCCCUGAGAAAAUGGAGUACCCAGUACAUGCGGGCCCUCGAAGAUAGGAAAGACCUUCGAAUUGGAUCUAGACUGCGAAAUCAUUUCACCGAUGCGGGGUUGGUUGAGGUCGACACGAAGAUGAUUCCUCUUCCCCUCUCUGCGUGGUCAACAGAUCCAAGAAUGCGAGAAAUCGGCCACUACAAUAGCGCAAAUAGCCAACAACUUCUCCAUUCAUUGGCCCUAUACCCUCUCACACAAAGGUUGCACAUGUCGGAAUCGAGUUUCAACGCACUGGUGGAGCAGGCGCAGGAAGAGGCGAGGGAUGCUUCAUUGAAGGCAUACUUUCCACUGUAG